AUGGGUGCCAACAAGAUCGAGAAAGAGAACUACUUCAACCGUCUCCAAGAGCUCAUUGAGACGUACCCAUCCAUCUUCAUUGUCAACAUCGACAACGUGUCUUCCAACCAAAUGCACCAGAUCCGUCAAGCCCUCCGUGGCAAGGGUCAAGUGCUUAUGGGUAAGAACACCAUGGUCCGUAGAGCCUUGAAGAUUUUCAUCCAAUCAAACCCACAAUACGAGCGUCUUUUGACACACGUUAAGGGUAACAUUGGUUACGUCUUCACCUCUGGCGACUUAAAGGACAUCAGGGACAUCAUUGUCGCCAACAAGGUCAGAGCCCCAGCCAGAGCUGGUCUCUACUCACCAGAAGAUGUCUACAUUCCUGCUGGUAACACUGGUAUGGAGCCAGGUAAGACUUCUUUCUUCCAAGCUCUCGGUGUCCCAACCAAGAUUGCCCGUGGUACCAUUGAAAUCAUCAGUGACAUCAGAGUUGUUGAGAACAACACCCGUGUCGGUGCUUCUGAGGCUACUUUGCUCAACAUGCUCAACAUCUCUCCAUUCACCUUCGGUAUGACAUGUGUGCAAGUUUACGACAACGGUCAAAUCUUCUCACCAACUGUUCUCGAUGUCACUGAGGAGACUCUCAUCGGCAGAUUAAUGACCGCUGGUAACCAAAUCGCUGCCAUCUCAUUGGCCAUCAACUACCCAACCUUGCCAGCAGCUAUGCACUCGUUCAUCAACUCAUUCAAGAACAUCAUGGCUGUUUCUGUUGCAACUGACUACACUGUCAGCUACACUGAAAAGGUCAAGGACAUGAUCGCCAACCCAGAUGCGUACGCUGCUGCUGCCCCAGCUGCUGCCACUGGUGGUGAAGCUGCCCCAGCUGCUGAGGAGAAGAAGGAGGAGGAAGAGGAAGAGGAUGAAGACAUGGGUCUCGGUCUCUUUGACUAA